AUGGCAGUUUCCUUGGAUUGCAAGAAGAUGCAAGAAGCGUGUCGGGGCAAAAGUAGCCUAUUUGGCUCCGAUACCCAAAUCACACAUCGACGGCUUGUCGUUUUGCAGCUCCAGGCCUUUGUGAAGGUGGCUGAUGCUGAUUUGCUCAAGAGGCCGUUGACGUUUUCACUGAAGAGCCAUACUCAUCGCAGUCAUCGCAGUCGCAGCAGGUUCCAGAACCUCCUUGACAAGACGUGGUGGGCCAAGAGACUGCACAAGAGCUUCGGCAAUUUCACACGUGACCGAAACUGGGCCAGUGGAGCUUUCGUUGCCAACACGCCAGUGCCCUCGGGCUAUGAACUCGUUGGUGCUGUGCGAAACGAGAAUGCUGCAUUGUGGCGCAUCUAUCAGGUGUCCAAAGAAGUCAUCCGCUUAGAUUGCACAAAGCCACUGAAGGAAGCCCCGUUCAAGAAGUGGGCUCCAUUGACCAUGGAGGCAGCCAAGGGCUUGGACUGGGGCGACCUGAACUUCUGCGAGGAUGCCAACGAAUGGCUCCUUUUCCAUGCGAGCAUUCCUGAGGCGGAACUCAGCUUGGCUGGUGACACUGUCACGGCAGUCUGA